AUGAUGAAUGCAGAUGCUCAGCUCGAAGACUUGUUACAGGCAAAUGGAGACAGCCAUCUUUUCGAUCAAAUGUUGCAGCUUGGUCAUCCACCCGUGAUGUUUUGGUGGAAACAGAUCGAUGAAUUCAUUCGAGCUAUUGAAACUGCUCGAGCCAAAGUGGAGAAUGCAGAAGCAAAACCCUUACCACCUGAUCCACUUGCACUGCCCACCGUAGUAACGGUGAAAAGAUUCAAAGAAGCUGUACUCAACUAUAUCAAGCCUCAAAAACACGCAGAUCGAUUAGGGACAUCGUGUCUGCUGUGUUCAUUGCCAGAAUCGGUAACGGUAGGGUACAAAUUGCGUGCUCUAGAUGAUGAUCCUUGGAUUCAGCGGGUGAUGGCUGUUGGAGAGCCAAACAUGUUGCCAAUUGCAUGUGUAUUCAUGCCUCGUGGGCUUCGCGCAAGUGCACUUGACAUAGUGACGCCACGACACAAUCGGACUAGUUUGUGGGGCUGA